AUGAAAGACGAAACCCUUAAAAGAAUAAUUUUUUUAGAUGAAGUAAAAAUUAACAUAUUUACUAGUGAUGGGGCAAGAUAUGUUAUACAUUACCCAGGAGAAAAACAUAACAGUAAAAAGAUUGUACCUACAUUAAAACAUGGAGGAGGAUGUGUUAUGGUCUGGGGUAUAUAUCAUAUCAAGGUGUUGGUAGACUAG